UAUUCCCUCAAAAGACAAGUUCCAUACAUGUUAACCAGAGCUGUCAGGGCCGAGUUCUCUCACAACACCAGCAGACGACACCCAUACGCGUCUCGUACACCAUAUAUACACGUUAUUUACACCCUCAUUGACCUCCUGUGACCUCCUGUGACCUGAAAAGGUCACCAGGUGUGCGAGGGUCAUUAGCAGCAUGGAGAGCCAGGCGACCCUUCCCCCCCCCUGCCCACGUAAGGUCAGGGUCGCCGAGGGCUACUCUGACCUCCUGGCUGAGCGGCGGGAGACCAGUGACUUGCGCUGGGCCAUCAGGGAGUGGAGGUCAAGGGGGAACUACCGCUAUGGCCAACAAAUGACCCGCAAGGAGAUUUUUGACCAUGUUGUCGGGUCAGAUCGGGUCAAACAUACUAUUGCCAAGCUGGCCGAGGAGGGAGGUGACCCCAAGGCGCUGGAGGGCGAGGUGGCGGACAUCCUUGAGCAGAUGGGUCACACGCAAGAGCUCGGGGUCAUCCGCCAGUUCGCUUUCGUGCUGCCAAAGAUCAUGAAGAAGAUUUACCGGAAGAUUCUGAUCAAUGAGGACGGAAUAGAGAAGCUCCGUAGUACCAUGGUAGACACACCAGUCAUCCUCCUGCCCACCCACCGCUCCUAUGCUGACUUCCUCCUCAUCUCGUACAUCGCAUACCACUACAACCUCCCCCUGCCUGUCAUCGCGGCCGGCAUGGACUUCAUGAACAUGGCGGUCAUCGGGGACAAAUUGAGAGGAUCCGGCGCCUUCUACAUCCGCCGAUCCUUCAUGGACAACCCUCUCUACUGGGCUGUCUUCCAGGAAUAUGUCCAGACCAUCGUGAAGUCCACAGGCUCCCCACUCGAGUUCUUCCUGGAGGGCACAAGAAGCAGAAGUGGCAAGUCGCUGCCCCCUAAGAUUGGCCUGCUGGGGUGUGUCUCGGAGAUCUGGCUGCGGGGACAGCUGCCAGAUCUUGCCAUUGUGCCCAUCAGCAUCUCCUACGACCGCACGCUGGAGGAGAAACUCUACGCCUACGAGCUUCUUGGUGUUCCGAAGCCGCCUGAAUCAACCUCUGGUCUGUUGAAAGCCACCAGCAUCUUGAAGGAGAGUUUUGGGGACAUCUUCAUCCACGUGGGGGAGCCGGUGUCCCUCAGAGGCUACCUUGGGCCACGCGUCGAUCGGUACCUGAGCGCUUCCGUACCACAGCACCUCUCCACGGUGACCAAGACGGAGCUCUGUGCGUGCGAGUCCCUGGGUUAUCAUGUGCUCCGCCGCAUCCAGCAGGGCGCGGUGACCAGCGUGUGGAGCGUGGUGUGUGUCCAGCUGGCUCGGUCGCUCCAUGCUGGCCGCUGGUCCCUCCCACUGCCUGCCCUGGUGGAGGAGGUCGCCUGGCUCAUUGGGAUACUUAGGAGAACAGGCGCUGCGGUGGCCCUCGAAGGCAGCGUGGAGGAGGCGGUGACGAGGAGUCUGGAGGUACACAAGCAGGUGGCGAGCCUUGGCGAGGAUGGGACGGUGCACAUCAGGCAGAUCCACCAGCCAGGGUCACACCCGCCCAACACAAAGAAAAAGAUGGACUUGUCAUCCGCCACCGUGGAGAGCGCCGUCACCCACCUGGUCCUUCAGCACUACAUCAACCAGGCCAUCCACCUCCUCAUCCGCCCGGCCCUGGUGGCGCUGGCCCUGCGCUCCUUCCACCACGGAGGCAAAUCCACUCCUGAGAACUUGAAGCAGAGGUUUUCGUUCCUCCGCUCCCUCUUCGGUUUCGACUUCAUGUUUGAGAAGGACAUGGAAGGGAGGGACUUCAUGGAAGGCCUGUCCGUGCUGACCUGGUGCGGGGAGGUCAGCGUAGUUCAAGACCAGGUGCUGAUGGUGCGCUCCGGAAGUCGCCUCCUCACCGCCCUGCUGCACCUCCUUGCCCCCUUCACCCUCGCCUACACCUGCACGGCCCUCACGCUGGACUCCAAAGUAUGGCCGGACAACAAUGGCCAGCUGCUGACGGCCAUCCAGGACCAGGUCGAGAGGUCCAUCGGCACCUCGAACCUCUACUCGGCCCUCUCCCUGGACUCCAUACGCCAUGCUGUCCGCGCCCUCACCAAGAUGGGCGCCGUCACCAGAACCAAUGGUGAGGACAAGCAGGUCAGGCUCGUCCCAGACCACCAGAAGCUGACCUCAAUAGUGGACGUCCUGAGCUGCAAACACGAUAGUAAGCUACAGGCCAGAUUAUAGCCCCCCUCAGCCCUGCCAGGUGAGUGUGGGCUAGGGACAGGCGGUGGACGGAAGCGGUGAAUGUGGACAUCUCCACCUACCAUACGCCUGUCGCUUUUUAUACAUCCUUUCUACGUUAUAUUAGUGUCUGGUUGCUAGUAUGUAAGCUGCCAACCAGGUUAUAAGCCCCUAUUAAAAACAAAACUUAUAUUGAGUCCCGUUACUACUCAGUAUUGCAUGGGUGUUCUGGUUUGUCCUGUCUUCAGAGGGACAAACUAAAAACUUGUUGGUCAGAUCUCCACUGACGUAAAACUUGUAUGGAGUCCCCAGUGCUAUGCUGACUUGAGCCGUGUAAUAGUGAAGGGGACGGAAGGUUCAAAACUACUUCCUCUGCUGUUCUGGAAGCAUAUUUAUAAAAUCUGGUCUUGUGUGUGACGCCCAAUCUUGCCUCCGCUAGCUAAUGAUGUAACUGUGUCCUGGGUCACUCCCGGGAUGGUGACACUUGCCAUGUUGGAAUCAAAUGUAGCUGUGUGGUUCCUGCCUCCACCUCUAGUCAGCCAAACAAAGGUGGUGUGUCUGGCAGGUCUUGGUGUUCGUUUUGAUAUUUAGUUUAGAUUUAUAAAGAUGGACUUUUUUGUGUGUGUUGCAGAUGUUCAAAGUGUGAUCUGUCAGCAUGAAGAGACAUAUAGUGCAGGUGUGAUGGGAUGGGCAUUCAUUAUACUAACGAAGCCGUCGCAGGUUAAUGAUACAAAUUAAUACCGUGGCUCAAGGUAACGGUUAACCCAAAGAAAUAGUCAUCAGAUAAUUAGGUGAAGUGCAGCAAGUUAUAAACACGUCUGCAAGUUUCAAGGUUUUCACGACUUCCAAGAGUAAAAAAGCAACAGUUAUCAUAGUAUUACAUUUAUUACAGAGGGACAUUACCCAUUCUCUAAUCUCACUAAGUACUUUGAGCGUGUGCAGUUGCCGACGAGAAUAUCAAUCCACCUCCCGAACUUGACUCAGUGGCUUCUUUUCUGUCAUUUAAGGAAUUAUUAUGUGAGGGGUUAUUUCUGCCUAUGCUUGACAUACUACACUCCCUCAUGUUGAACUCCAUUUGCCACUUCCUCACCCAAUCAUUCAAUCAAUCAAGUUCGCCCUGCAGUACACAAGCAUCCUGAUCUAACGGGCUGGGGAGGAUUGAUACUUUUGUCGACAGCCGUCCUCAAGGCCACGUACCGGGUGUCUUGUUGACUGUUUGGCAGAGUCCUCAGAGACAGGCCAGUCUUAUGCAUUCAAUGUAUAUGCUGUAAGUUAAUGGACUUUGUACCUGACUAUUCAAGUUGCCAUAACAAACAUGAGCAAUUUUCAAUUGCCCUUCACAAAACAAAAAAAAACAACUAUGCAAGCACUAAAUUAUAGACAUUAAAGUAACACAAAAAUGUGCAUAGCUCAUUCAAAAGAUAUUCAAGGAAAGUUUUGACUCCAUAUAUUCAAAAGGAAUACCACGUUAUAAAAAUCAGUAAACAAUCAAUUAUAAUAAUUGUGUUAAGAAUCAUCACAGUAAUGACAGUAGUAAUCUUGCAUCAACCACUAAUCCAGGGCUCAGUGAACUCUCAUGAAAGACACUGAAAACUGAAGCAAAGGUUCAAGGUAGAAAUACCAAGGAACAAACAAAACUAACAAAGGCUUUCUGGAAGACCAAAGAGAAGAAUCUAAUAACUUUAAGCGUCGUCACUUUCCACACAAGUGACAAAGGUUGGCACACACCGGCGCUGCUAACACACACACACACACACACACACACACCGGUGGGGAACACUGCACAUUGCCCUGACACACACCUGUAGAAAAAUAACUUCUGACCAUUCGCCCGCCUCAGCAGGGACUAAAUAUCUACCAUUGUGACCCCUCCUGUAAUUCACCCACACACUCAUACAUACGCACACAGGAUGUAGAAAUAUAUACACCGGUCCAGGGACACGGGGGACAGACACACCAGGAACUCCAGAACACAGAGCAAGAUGAAGGAAGGCCGCCAAGGGUUCACUUUUGCCGUAUGUUUCAUGAGCGGUCACUUUUUAAUUCAUUAUUGUCAGUUUUUAGAUGCAAUCCCCUGAGGAAUGCAGAUGAAAGAAUGAAGAAAGGGGGAUUAAAGUACCGUGCUUCCAGUCCUUCUCUCUGCUGCAUGAAUGCCAGGCGACGUUACCAGAUUCCCGUACGCAUAACACUGUAUUUCCCAUUUUCUGGGCCAUAAAUAUUGCAAAAAAGAGGAUCAUUAAUUACCGAUUUUAACAAUAAUUAUAAAUGCACAUUGUUAUCUUUGUGGGUGCGAUAGUUUUUGGUCAGAAAUCGGCAAAAACAAUACGCCAAGUACGACAAUCUGGUAAUGUUGAUGGCGGCUACAGCGAGGAAGUCACUGGCCUGGUGUCUUGCCGUGUGUUCAGGGACGUCCCUCGCUGGGUAAUGUACAAAUACGGCCGUAUGAUUACAACACAGUGGACGAGAACCAUGAACACCAACACACAAGUUUUUCAUUCCAGUAUUUGGGAGCAACGAGCGUGGUGUAACAAGUUAAGUGGUGAACCUCUAAGUGUGAGUCACUCUAAACCAGAGGAUCCAUGACUUCCAGCACUCAGACAAGCGUUAAGGGGCUAUUACACUGGGCAAAUUUUCCGUGGAUCUUCAGUCAAACCACGAUUUCCGCUGGCGUGGUUCUCAUAUUUCCGUGGUUUUCUGACGUGUCCACGAUCUUCCAAAGCUACGGUAGAUUUCACCAAAGGACGACGGUAUUACUCACCAUCAUCAUCAUCAGCAAUAACAAGAAAUAAAUGAGAACCACGCCAGCGGAAAUCGUGGUUUGACUGAAGAUCCACGGAAAAUUUGCCCAGUGUAAUAGGCCCUUUACUCUUCAUUAUAAAAUCUCUAUAUUAACCAUGACUAAUGCUAGAAACUGUUCCAAAGCUCAGUUUACUCUUGUUCAUUUGUAUGCUUCAAUAUAUUAUAAAUGACAGCAGCAGUGAACAGGACAGCUAACCAGAAAAUUCAAGCAUAGAUUUCUGUGAGGUAAAGAAAGAUGUGCAAGCUGUCUGUCUUCAAGUCGUGGUGACGCUGAAUGUUGUUAAGACACGAACGCACUAUUGUAAAGUUCCAGAUCUGGCCAAAGCACAUGUUAUUAAUUUAUGUAUAAAAUAUAUAAAAAGAAAAACCAUGAAUAAAGAACUGCACAAAUGUUU